AUGGCUACAAUCACAGCAUCUUUAGAGAGAUCUCUUCAAAACUGCUCCUUGAACAACCACCACCACCACCCGCAGAGCAGCAGCAGCAGCAGCAGCGCCGGCGGCGGCGGUGGAGCCGAGGCGGCGCACGGGCCGCCGAAUCUGUCCGCAUCGCCGGCCUUGGAGCUCAAUUCAGAAGCUUCCCUCCCUUUCAAUUGGGAGCAAUGUCUCGAUUUGAAGACAGGUGAAAUAUACUACAUAAAUUGGAGGACUGGCAUGAAAGUUAAGGAGGAUCCUCGAACAAUCGACGAAAAUGAGUUUAACGAUGACUGUUACUACUCGGAGGAUGAGGAUAGCAGCAGCUCAUACGACAGCCAAGGCUCGUGCUCAGAGACUUCACCAUCGUCAUCCUCACCGUCAAGACUUGAAUGGUGUGGUAAGAAGAACAAUAACAAGAGCAAAAUCGAAGAGAAUUGCUGCUACAAUCAAAGAAAUAAUGAAGGAAAUAAUAGUAGUAAUAGUAAUAACAAUGUGCUUGUGGUGGGUGGAUGCAAGAGGUGUUUGAUGUACUAUAUGGUGCCCAAACAGCUGGAAAUUUGCCCCAAAUGUUGUGGUCAACUCCUGCAUUUUGAUCGAUCAGAAGAUGGGGGGUCCUCUUGA